AUGGAUACUUGUUUGGUAAAGCCUCCUGUCAAAGAAAUCACACAGCCGAUUGACCUGCAGCUUCACAGUGAUGUGCGGGCAAUGGAUCGUGCUGAGUUUGAUCAUCAGGUUGCAGAAAAAUUGAGUUUGAUAGAGCAGUACAAAUUGGAGAAGGAGAGGCAACAAAAGCUGGAGUACUUGGAGGAGAGGAGGAUUAAGGAUCUUGUGAAGAAGCACUCGGAUAUGAAUGCUGGGUUGGGUAGUUUUGCUGUGGCUAUUCAAUCUCCCAAGUUAUGGGUCAUGAACGUUGUGCCUACCAUAGCUGAGAAAAGUACCCUGGGGGUCAUAUAUGAGCGCGGCUUGAUUGGCAUUUAUCAUGAUUGGUGUGAAGCCUUUUCAACAUAUCCAAGGACAUAUGAUCUCAUUCAUGCCAAUGGCCUCUUUAGUCUGUACAAGGAUAAGUAA